CCAAUAAAAGUCACAAUAAGGAUAAAAAUGUAAAAAGGAGAAAAAACUCUAAUAAACCCUAAUAAUCUAAGCUGCUAAAACUCGAACACUUUAAAAUAAAAAUAGGGACAUGUUUGUACUUUUCACUGGUAUGUGGAUUUUUUAUUUCUAACUCUUUUAAAAUAGUGUUAUAAAGUGAUGUCGUAAUGCAUAAAUCAAAGUUGUGUUCAGUGAUUUAUGAGACAAGCUUAUACAUGAGUAUAAAUUUGGUUAUUCAAGUAAGGGUUUAUAUUUUUUAUGUUUGUUUUUUGUGUUGGGGGAAUUGUUUCACCAAACACAUGGAGUUAUACCAUCACUUUGAGUUGUAUUAGGACCAACAAUGCGAUACCAAGACAUGAGUCCGAGUCCCUUUGACAUUAAAAUUCAUUUUUAUUCCUCAAAUAAUAGUCGUACUUUGGAAGGAUAUGCAAUCUUAGGUGCCUUGCUUAAAAUGGAUGCUUCCCUAUUUUCAAAGGAAUCUGCAUCUUUCCCCUGCGGUCGUUAAAAUAAGAAUGUAACUAAAGAAAGAAAAGAAAUUGUACCACUAGGAUCCCUUGUCAUGAAACCUAUUGUCUUGUCUACAGACUACUUUCCAGACAGUAUAACGUUAUAGACGUGUCAUUGUUGUUAGAGACUGUAAUGAUGAGCUCCCUUUUUUGUGUACUGGAAAUGAACUGCCAUUUACUUAUUGCUGUAAGUUUUUAGGAAUGAUGUUUGUGUGUAUUGUAUUUCAAUGCUAAGUGAAGAUCAGCCACAUUGGAACUGCCAUAAUUACAGCUGGUACUUGCUCAAUUUCUUUGUAGCUUCUGUCCUUCCAAUUGAUGAGAUCGUGCUUUGGGCACAUGAUGUUGGGGCAAAAGUGCUGGUAGAUGCUUGUCAAAGUGUUCCACAUAUGGUUGUUGACGUGAAGGACCUUGAUGUUGAUUUUCUUGUUGCUUCUUCUCACAAGAUGUGUGGGCCUACAGGCAUUGGAUUCUUAUAUGGUAAGAGUGAGCUCUUGAGUGCCAUGCCUCCUUUCUUAGGGGGUGGUGAAAUGAUAUCUGAUGUAUUUUUGGAUCAUUCCACUUAUGCUGAUCCUCCAUCCAGAUUUGAAGCUGGAACACCAGCAAUUGGGGAAGCAAUCGGGCUAGGAGCAGCAAUUGACUAUUUAUCUGAAAUUGGGAUGCAAAAGAUUCACAAUUAUGAGGUAGAUCUGGCCAAUUAUUUGUAUGAAAGUCUUCGUUCAGUCCAUGGUGUUCGGAUCUAUGGCCCAGCGCCUUCACAAACUGUUCAGCGAGCCGCUCUUUGUUCUUUCAAUGUUGAUGAUAUUCAUCCAACAGAUCUUGCAACCUUCCUUGACCAACAGCAUGGGGUGGCUAUCAGAUCUGGUCAUCACUGCGCCCAGCCUCUCCAUCGCUAUUUAGGAAUUAGUGCAAGCGCGCGUGCUAGUCUUUAUUUCUAUAACACCAAAGAAGAUGUUGACGACUUCAUCCGGGCGCUGAAAGAUACGAUCAACUUCUUCACUUCUUUCAAAUAG